CAACCAUGACAGGGCUAUACGUAUACGUGGUUGGCGAUGGAUCCGAAGGACGACAGCAGAAUCUAGUAUACAAGCAAUUAUAAAAAGAGACAGAGAACCCGCUCAGAAUAUGUAUCUAUCAUCAGCUCUAUCCGAAGUGCCAUCCUUUCGGUGCUUCAUCAAUAUAGUUUCCUAUAUUCCUUUUCCCUUUUGUUUAGGAAUAGCUAAUUAUGAUAACAUACAUCAUGAUCGCAUUUUUUGUUUUCCUCCUUGCAUAUUCCGUAGCAGCGGCCCCUGCCCCUGCCUCAACUUCGAUAACACUACGAGUCGCUCACCAGGCUCGAGGCAUCCUAACUUUCGCUUUUGACCCAAGCCAGGAUGCAUCCAAGAGCCUACAGCUCCUAAGCACGACCAAUGCCGGCCGCAAGCCCGGAUGGAUCCACCCGCGAGGGGACAUGCUGUACUCAGUUUCACGGACAAACUUUCCCGACAACUCUUCUAAAUCCGGCGGUGUUUUCGCUUGGGGCGAGACCGCAUUGAGUCAAGUUCAGAGCCCGCUGAAUCUCAUGAGCAGCACGAGCUCAAAUGGUCUUGGAGGUGUUUAUUGCGAUAUCAGUAAAGAUGGUAGAACCUUGGCUGCUGCCAACAUCGAUGGCUCAACUGUCUCAAUCUACCCCUUAAAAUCAGGCGUAAUCGGAGAUCCAACCUUCGUCUUCAAGUACACCAUCGAGAAGCCCGGCCCGGGCAAGGACGAGUCGCAGACUCAAGCCUACCCGCACGCCGCCUCCUUCGACCCGUCGGGCAAGUUCCUAUUCGUGCCCGACAGAGGCGCGGACAUGGUCUACGUCUACCAAGUCGACGGCCCGGAGAGCGUCAAGCACAUCCACAACAUCACCGUCGCGGCCGGGACUGGGCCCCGCCACGUAACCUUCAGCAAGGUCAGCAUCAGCAGGACCUUCAUGUACCUCGUCGGCGAGAUCGACAACACGGUGACUGUGUUCGCGCUCGAUGGCGUCGACAACAGCGCGUGCAAGUCGGGGGAGAAUGGCGAGUUGAGGAUAACCCACAUCCAGACGGCGUCGACGCUCGGCCCGGGGGCUAACCGCACGGCGUUCGUCAACGAGGACCUCGCGUCCGAGGUCGCCGUCACGAACGACGGGAGGUUCCUGUACGUGUCGAACCGCAACACGAAGUCGUAUGACAGCGAUACUUUGGCUGUGUACGCUGUGCACCCCUCCGCCUCCGCCUCCGCCUCCUCCUCCUCCACCAAUACUACCACCGGCAGUGGGCAGCAACAUCUCGAGUUCUUGGCGCUAAACCCAACCCACGGCAAGAUCCCGCGGCACUUCUCGCUGUCGCCCGACGCGGAGAACCGGUUCGUGGCGGUGGGGAACCAGGUUUCUAACGAUGUGACGGUGCUGGCGCGGAAUCCGAAGACGGGGCUGGUGGAGGGGGUGGUGGGGAAUUACACGCUGGGGGAGUUCGACGAGACGACGGAGUUGGGGCCUAUGGCUGUUGUUUGGGCUUGAUUGUAAUGUGAUGAAGGGAAGAUGAUGACGAUAAUGAAGAGAGAGGGGGGAGGGUGGAGGGAAUGGAAAUAGAAAUAAAUUUAGAAAUAUGUUUAGAUAUAGAUAUGGAGAUAUAGAUAGAGAUGAUAUACCCUGAAUCAAGAUAGAUAAUAUUGAU